UCCCGCGUGUUACUAGCUCUGCGUUUCCUGCGUCUUUUCUCAUACUUGGACAUAGCCAACGCCCGGUCUUUAUAUACGCUCUCAACCCCUGGGUAAGUUCUUGGAAGUCUCGGAAAUCUGUGCAGCCAUGUCAAUAUCGCACUGCAUUUGGGCGCGAGCAAGAGGCGUACGAGGCUUGUACAUGUUGGUUCGUCCAAGUGAGUCUGGAUGUGGCACAGCAGGCAGUGUGUUUUGGACACAAGCCCCAUUCCACCGUCGGGCUCGCCCGCACUAUGAGUCGCUAGAGCAGAGCCGCAGUGAACAACAGCCGCCGGCCUUGGUCCGAUCCCUCCCUUCCCUCCCCGCGUCAGUGGUCCCGCCGGCGAUGUGGACAGCGCCGAUGGUGUGCUGGACGGGUGUCCUCGGCCUCGGGGCUCCCCUCGCUGCUCAGUAUUUGUGGUCUGCAAACCGGGCUUGCUUGUACCUUACCUCCCCCAUGCCUUGCGCCGGCCUGUUUUGAGAACAUGCAGUAUUUCUUGACUCUAAUUUUUGUCGCUGCGCUUGUUUUUCUUUCUGGCUCAGAGCUCGCAUGUUGUGCUUGCGCCUCCCUCAACCAUGAUGGCACU